UCAACAUGGAGCUAUUGUCCUGGCUCAAGUUUGUGUCUUUGUGUUUCAUUCUUGGAGUGUUUGGUCUGAGGAUUCUGGUGCUGCUUUGGUGGAGGCCCAGAAGAAUUGAGGAACAUUUUGCAAGGCAAGGGAUCAGAGGACCUCCUUAUCAGUUCUUCAUUGGAAAUGUCAAAGAGCUUGUGGGGAUGAUGAUCAAGGCCUCUGCUCAUACCAUGCCUUCUUCCUGUCACAAUAUUCUCCCCAGAGUCCUCCCUUUUUACCAUCACUGGAAAAAAAUAUAUGGUGCAUCAUUUCUUGUGUGGUUCGGACCAACAGUUCGUCUCACCGUCUCCGACCCCGAUCUCAUCCGAGAAGUGUUCACUUCUAAGUCGGAAUGCUAUGAGAAAAAUGAGGCUCACCCUCUUGUGAAGCAACUCGAAGGCGACGGCCUCUUGAGCCUCAAAGGUGAGAAGUGGGCUCACCACAGAAAGAUCAUCACCCCUACAUUUCAUAUGGAGAAUCUCAAGUUACUCAUACCUGUCAUGGCAACGAGUAUGGUGGACAUGAUGGACAAAUGGUCAGCAAUGUCGUCCGACUCUGGUGAGGUUGAGAUUGAAGUUUCCGAAUCGUUCCAAACCCUAACCGAAGACAUUAUUACCCGAACUGCAUUUGGUACCAGCUACGAAGACGGCAAAGCCAUUUUCCGGCUACAAGCUGAGCAAGUGCUCUUCGUUGCCGAGGCCUUUCAAAAAGUCUUCAUCCCCGGUCAUAGAUUUCUACCCACUAGACGGAACAUAAACUCGUGGAAAUUGGACAAAGAAAUCCGGAAAAAGCUCAUGGAGCUGAUCGAUUUGAGGAGGGAGAAUUCGAUGAAGAACGUGAACGGAAAAUGUUCCAAGGAUUUACUAGGGCUUAUGAUUCAGGCCUCGGAUUCUGCUUCAUCCUCAUCGUCCGACAUUGACCCCAUUACUGUGAACGACAUUGUGGAAGAGUGCAAGGCCUUCUUCUUUGCUGGCAGCCAAACCACAUCCAAUUUGCUGACGUGGACGACGGUUCUCUUGGCAAUGCACCCACAGUGGCAGCUGCAGGCACGUGCCGAGGUGCUCAGGGUGUGUGGAUCACGUGACAUACCCACCAAAGACGAUGUCGUAAAGCUCAAGACGCUCAAUAUGAUCCUCAAUGAGUCCCUGAGGUUGUACCCGCCCACGGUUGCGACGAUCCGACGGUCGAGGACGGAUGUGGAGCUCGGGGGAUACAAGAUCCCCCGUGGGACCGAGCUUUUGAUCCCAAUUUUGGCCGUUCAUCAUGAUCAAGCCUUAUGGGGAAAUGACGUGAAUGAGUUCAACCCGGCCAGGUUCGCGGACGGGGUGGCUCGGGCCGCCAAGCAUCCGGUGGCGUUCAUUCCUUUCGGGCUCGGCAACCGCACGUGCAUUGGGCAAAAUCUAGCGCUCUUGCAGGCGAAACUAGCCCUGGCCAUCAUGCUUCAACGGUUCUCGUUUAAGAUGUCUCCCACUUAUCAACACGCACCAACGGUCCUGAUGAUGCUUUACCCUCAAUAUGGUGCACCCGUCAUCUUUCAACGUCUCCCCCAAGAUCAAGGAAAAGAUCAAGCGUCUUGAUCUGGCUCUACUCCUAUGCAUACCAAUCCUUUGUGUGUGAGUGCGGGUAUAGGAUCCCAAAGUAAUUGACUGAAAUACCCAUUUGGUCG